AGGCGUUCACUAUCCUGCUUCCAGUAUACGGACAGGCGGUGCCUUUCCAUAUCACGAUGGUGAAGAACAUUGCGUUCACGGCUGUGACCGACAUGGCUAACUGUGGAAGUCUCCGAAUCAAUUUCGCAACACCUGCAUACGUUUUUAAGAAAGAUCCAAUGGAACACUUCAGCUUCGCACCCACGGAGGCUGCGUGGUUGAAAGAGUUGACCUACCGCUCCUCAGACAACACCAACCUGGAGAACAUACACAAGCAAAUAAAAGAGAUGCAGAAGGCGCACCGGCUAAAAUUGGCCGAUAAGAAGGAGAAAGAAAACUUGGUGGAGCAGGACGCCCUCAUUACUUGCAAGGGGAAGCCCUUGGCCCGUCUCACAGAUCUGCUGGUACGACCAGCGUUCUCUAAGAAAAGAGCCACAGGAAUGUUGGAGGCGCACGAGAAUGGUUUCCGCUACACCGUUUCUGGUGGCAUGCGAUUGGACAUCUUGUACGACAAUAUCCGACACGCGUUCUUCCAACCGUGCAAACACGAGCUGAUUGUAUUGUUGCACUUCCAUCUGAAGAAUCCAAUUAUGGGGCCAUACGCGAAGAAGCAGAAAGACAUCCAGCUCUUCGCCGAAGUAGUUGAUGCGCAUAUCGACCUGGGCAACAGAGCUAGCAACUACGGAGACAGGGACGAGAUUGAGGCUGAACAUCGCGAGCGGCAAAUGAGGAAAAAGCUUGAUCAAGCGUUCUAUAAUUUCACUCAGAAGGUUCCGGAGGUCAAAUUCGAAAUGCCGGAGCGAAAGCUCGGAUUCAACGGUGUGCCAGGCCGGUCCAAUGUGUUCAUGAUGCCCUGUUCCUCGGCGUUGGUGUCACUCGUUGAGCAGCCACCGUUUGUGUUCCCCCUUGAAGAUGUCGAGCUGGUACAUCUGGAGCGAGUCGCGUUCGGAAAUAAGAACUUCGAUAUGGUGUUUGUCUUCAAGGACUACAAGAAACUGCCCGUGCGCGUGUCCACUAUUCCAUCGCAGAAUUUGGAUGAUAUCCAACGAUGGUUGCACGAAACGGGCAUGAAGUUCUCUGAAGGGCCCCGUCCGUUGAACUGGGCGACGCUGAUGAAGUUGGUACUGACCAAUCCGCGGUCAUUCUUCGACGAGGAGGGUGGCUGGGCCAUUCUGGAAAUGGACGCAGACGGCGAAGACUCCGAAGAGGUGUCCGAUGACGACGGAGAUGCGGCGUUCGAGCCAAGCGACAACGAUUUGGACGAGGAAGAGAGUGACGACUAUUCUGAGGAUAGCGAAGGCAGCAGUGAGGACUAUAGCGGAGGUGAGGAGGAGGACUCUGAGGAGGGCUUGGAUUGGGAUGAAUUGGAAGAGCAAGCACGACGAGAAGAUCGACGAAAGGACAAUCCUGAUGAGGACUCGGAUAACGAUCGAAAGCGUCGUCGAAAAUCGGGUGGGGGCGGCGCCUCAAGCAAAAAACAAAGGCGCAGAUAGAUAUCACAUAUGCAAAGUGCCAUUCUUCACAAUCGCCGGUUAUAUUGCGCCUGAUUGGGAGUUAGUAGCCAACGAACUGCGCAUUGCUGGUUGUUGCUUGUACGAUUGUAGUAAGAAGGGUCUUGGAAUAUUCACUGAUGGGUGUACUAGUUUACACUCACACUAUAUGGGUAGCUCUCGGAAAUUCGUAUAUAAACCGGCAGGUAAAAUGAGUACGAUUGUUGCUGAUGGUAGCUGUUCGAAACCUAAGUUGCCGAACGCCAACGCUUCACGUUUUGGCUCUUCCCGUGUCGUACACACCACAACGAAGGAAACUCGCAAUUGCGAUCCUUUUUACUAGUCGACGAGGGACAUUUGCACAACUUUGAUAUCCACUAUCGACAGCUAUAGGGUCGUACGCGAGCGUCAAAAUAUGUAAAAUCUCCGAUGGGAUUUGAAUUUGAACUUUUCGAUGCAACGUGCAUGGUAUCCCAAUUGUAUGAAAAAUAAAGUCAGCAAUAAGAUGU